AUGGCUCUUGCUCUCCUCUUGGCAGCAAUCCUGGGACUUCUUAUUGUCAAGGCUGUUUUGUUUCAGCUGAGAAACUCGAGCUCCCCUCCUUGCAUCAGGAGCUGGAUCCCUUGGUUUGGAGCUGCGUUUCAGUUCGGGAAAGCUCCUCUGGAGUUUAUAGAGCAAGCUAGAAGCAAGCAUGGGCCUGUAUUCACAAUAGUCGCUCUGGGAAAACGGUUUACUUUUGUGACUGAGGAAGAAGGAACUGAAGCAUUCUUUAAAUCUAAAGACUUAAAUUUUGAACAAGCAGUACAACAAGCUGUCGAGAACGCAGUUUCUGUCCCUGCAGAAGCAUUUUAUCAGAACCAUAGUAACCUCUACAGCAUGAUGAAGGGAAAAAUGGGUCCUUCUAAUCUGCACAUGUUCACGGGCACUUUGUGUGAGGAACUACAUGAGCACAUGGCACACCUGGGCACAGAGGGCACAGGCGACCUCAAUGACCUAGUAAGGCAUGUUAUGUAUCCAGCGGUGGUGAACACUUUGUUUGGGAAAGGCAUCUGCCCGACAAGUCAGAGUGAAAUCAAGGAGUUUGAAGAACAUUUUCAGAAGUACGAUGAGGACUUCGAAUAUGCUUCUCAGAUGCCCGAGUGCUUCCUGAGGAAUUGGUCUAAAUCCAAAAAAUGGCUUCUAAAAUUAUUUGAGAAAGUAGUGUCAGAUGCUGAAAGGACCAACCCUUCAGAGACCGCAUCCAAGACACUACUGCAACAUCUCCUGGAUAACUUGCAAGGAAAACAUCUAGCUCCCAAUUAUGGUCUCCUAAUGCUCUGGGCUUCCCAAGCAAAUGCUGUCCCUAUUGCAUUCUGGACCCUUGUUUUCAUACUCUCUUAUCCUUCCAUUUACAAGAAAAUCAUAGAAGACCUGGCUUCUGUUUUUGGCAAAGCAGGUAAAGAUAAAAUAGAAGUCUCUGAAGAGGACCUUAAGAAGCUCCCUUUUAUUAAAUGGUGCACUUUGGAAGCCAUACGGCUGAGGUCUCCAGGUGCAAUCACCAAGAAAGUAGUAAAUCCAAUAAGAAUUCAGAAUUUCACCAUCCCUGCAGGUGACAUGCUGAUGUUGUCGCCGUAUUGGUUGCACAGGAAUCCAAAAUAUUUUCCUGACCCAGAAAUGUUCAAACCUGAUCGUUGGAAAGAAGCAAAUUUAGAGAAGAAUGCUUUCUUGGACAGCUUUGUGGCUUUCGGAGGAGGGAAGCAUCAGUGUCCAGGAAGGUGGUUUGCUAUCAUGGAAAUCCAGUUGUUCGUUGUGCUACUCCUAUACAAAUAUGAAUUUGUGCUUUUGGAUGCAGUACCAAAGGAGAGCCCUUUACAUUUGGUGGGGACACAGCAACCCAUGGCACCAUGCCGGGUCCAGUAUAAAUGCCGGGAAUGAAAGCUGCCCAGCACUAACUUCCCCUCCUUUGCCAGACACCCCUGGAUUGAUGGACCUCUGGGCUACCUCCCUGGCCUACAUCUUCAGAUAGGUUCUCUGCCUUAACAGUUCUUAAUUUCAGCUUUAAAUGCUGUACAUACUCUGUGUCAUGGUAUGCUGUAGUCGUAUCUGUGCUCCUCACCUGAUUGCCUACCUCCUAGUAUUUAAAAAUCAAGCUCUCCUCCUGCAUUGAUAAUUUGUGGGCCAAAUUAUUCACAGAUACUGCAAAUAACUGAUCUACUAAACUCACCAACCAGACAUUCAGGACAAAAAGCUGCUAUGUUUGGAAAUCCUGCAUGGAAGUUGUGCCAGAACCAGCAGCAAAGCAGGUCCCUUGGGCCCAGUCACUGCUUCCUGCAGGCCUCUUCGAACCAAGGCCAAAGUGGUGCCUCGUGCUAAGAAAUCAGAUCGGUAACUCCACACGGCUUCCAGCUGCUGGUGUGCACAAAGUACAGGACAGUGCUGAGCAGAGACCUCCGGAUCAGAUCCACUGCCACGAUAAACUAGCAUGACUUAGGUAUCACUGCCUGUGUAGGUAGGUGAAGAUCUGCCCUGCUCUGCCUACAAUCGGUGCCAACUUUUUGCAAAUACAAUGCAUUUGUAAUGGAAAAAUUGCAAGCAUGGAAAACACGGGGGUCUUGUUCCACUGGAGUACCUAAAAUUUCUACUGAACUUUAUUUGCUCCACAGGAUUCAGAAUCAGUCUUUGCAUGAACAUGCAAUGAAAGUUUGAUUGUAAUGUUUGGCUUCUAAUGAAAAGCGAUUGCAAGAAAAGCUAUUGCUAUUCGUUAGACUGGUUGUCUAAUAUCUCGAACACUUUUGCUUUCCCUUUAACAUGACUGACUUACAGAACAAAUUGCACAAAUCUAAAAAUAUUUAAUCCUAUAAAGAAUACCUAGUAAAAGUUGGUCAAAGAAGCUGUCAGAUAAGUUCAGAUACCAACACUUUAACUGCUGUCAGAUUUCAUACACGAUAAUAGCUGGCAUGUAUUUUUAGUCUUUUAAGUAAAGAUUAUUCAUCAUUUUUGAAGUAUUUGCAAAAAACCACAAAUGGACUUUCAACAACAGUAAGAACUACGGGAAUAACAUCCACAGGAAAAUAACAUGUUGUAUAAUUCAUUAAAUGGUUGGCUUACCUCAGUUACAGAUACAACAAUUUAACAAACUUUAAUGAUUUAUAUGACUGGAAAAUGAUUCGUCCAACUUCUAAUUUAGCUCAUAGUGGUUAACUCUGCAAGAGUUGCACUCUUAACCGCUGUUUCAGAAUCUCUUCCAUAACUGAAAACUAUUCCCUUGGUUUUCAUGUGUGGUCAUUACCCAAAAUGUGUAUUUUAAUUUUAAAAUUUGGAAAUGUCCACAAUAUCUGUUCAGGUAUCUUGUAGUUUUGCAAAGAUAUUUUUUUCCCCUGUAUGCAUUUCUUUUUAUUUUUCUGUUUAAUAGAUUUUGGGUUUGGGGUUGUUUGGGUUUUUUCUUUUUUGUGUGUGUGGGUUUGCUUUGGUUGUUUUUUUUUCCCAAGAGAGGUAACUCAAAAAACCAAAAUUCUGUAAUGGUAAGCUUGACUUUAAACUAAAAAGGUCCCUAAAAAGGUAUAACCUGAAGGUCAGCAUCAAUUUGGUUAGAAUGAA